GCCUCUCGGGGUCUAGGCGCUCGCUGGUGCUCCGCGCGCCAACUAUGGCUCAGCACUUCUCCCUGGCCGCCUGCGACGUGGUCGGCUUCGACCUGGACCACACUCUGUGUCGCUACAACCUGCCUGAGAGCGCCCGGCUCAUUUAUAAUAGCUAUGCUCAGUUCCUGGUCAAGGAGAAAGGGUAUGACAAGGAAUUGCUCACUGUGACUCCAGAGGGUUGGGAUUUCUGUUGCAAGGGCUUGGCAUUGGAUCUGGAAGACGGGAACUUCAUUAAACUUGCAGAUAUGAAUGGCACCGUGAUCAGGGCAAGACACGGCACAAAGAUGCUGGCUCCAGAGGUGCUGGCGGAGGAGUACGGCAGGAAGGGGUGGAAGCGCUUCAUGCCAGACUUGGGAAUGGCCUGCCGGUCAAAAAAAUAUUAUUUUUAUGAUAACUACUUUGACCUGCCUGGAGCUCUUCUGUGUGCCAGAGUGGUGGACUCUUUAACAAAGCAGAACAAUGGUCAAAAACCAUUUGAUUUUUGGAAGGACAUAGUGGCUGGUAUACAACAUAAUUAUAAAAUGUCAGCUUUUAAAGAAAACUGUGGAAUAUAUUUUCCAGAAAUAAAAAGAGAUCCAGGCAGGUAUUUACACACUUGUCCGGAAUCUGUUAAAAAGUGGCUUCGACAGUUAAAAAAUGCUGGGAAAAUUCUUAUGUUAAUUACCAGUUCUCACAGUGAUUACUGUAGACUCCUCUGUGAAUAUAUCCUUGGGAACGAUUUUGAAUAUCUUUUUGACAUUGUGAUUACAAAUGCAUUGAAGCCUGGUUUCUUCUCCCAUUUACCAAGUCAGAGGCCUUUCCGGACACUUGAGAAUGAUGCGGAGCAGGAGGCACUGCCAUCUCUGGAUAAACCUGGCUGGUACUCCCAAGGGAAUGCUGUCCACCUUUAUGAACUUCUGAAGAAAAUGACUGGCAAACCUGAACCCAAGGUUGUUUACUUUGGGGACAGCAUGCAUUCAGAUAUUUUCCCAGCCUGUCAUUAUAGUAAUUGGGAGACAGUCCUCAUCCUGGAAGAGCUCAGAGGGGACAGAGACGGGAGGCCUGAGGACUCAGAGCCUCUAGAGAAGAAAGGAAAAUAUGAGGGACCGAAGGCAAAGCCUCUAAAUAGAUUAUCUAAAAAAUGGGGCUCUUUUUUUAUUGAUUCAGUUUCCGGACUGGAAAAUACAGAAGAUUCCUUGGUUUAUACAUGCUCUUGUAAGAGAAUCAGUGCUUACAGCACUAUUGCAAUUCCAAGUAUUGAAGCAAUAGCAGAAUUACCCCUGGACUACAAAUUUACAAGUUUCUCUUCAAACAAUUCAAAAACGGCAGGCUAUUAUCCAAACCCUCCAUUGGUCUUAUCAAAUGAUGGGAAACUGACAACCAAAUAAACCAUGUUUACUGAAAAAUGAAGUGAAGAACCAUAUAUGCAGCAAAUGUACUGUAAAAAUGUUAAUUUUCAAAAACUACUGUAAAAUGCUUUAUAGAAACAAAUUCUUAAUGAAGUGACCAAGAAAUUGGUAUGUUUUUCCAUAGGUCUCCUUUCUAUAGAGAUCAUCUUGAUACCCAACAACUCUCAUUAUGUUAAAAUCUCAAUAUCUUAGAACUGAAAAGAAUCUUAUUAAUACUUUCUAUACUAGUAGUUCUGAGAUUAGAAUCACCUGGGGAUAUAUAUAUAUACACAAAUACAUAUAUACAUACACAUGCAUAUUUACACAUUUGCCUAGACCAGUGGUUCUCAAAGUGUGUUCCCCAAACCACUAGCAUAGCAGCACCUGCAAACUUGAUAGAAAUGCAAAUUUACAGGCCCCAUCCCAGACAUACAGAAUCAGAAACUCUG